CAUCCGCCAACUGAAAAAAGAUUCAGAAAAAACACUCUCUAGAUCCAAAUCAACGAUUUCUUACAUUGAUUUGUUCGACUCUUACCUAUUGUCAAUUCCAAAUCGCUUAACUCAUGAACAAUUUCAUCAGUUUGUUUAGACACCAAAAAAUUCUUCAUCCUAAUUUUGUAGAUUCAUUUUGGGAGUCGAUAUAGAGGUUGAUAAAGCUUUGCUUUUAACAUGGACAAUUCAGAGAAUAUGAUAUUAGUACUCUGUACCAAGAAGCUCAGACUCGUUGGUUGAAACCUCCAGAGGUUCAAUUCAUAUUGCAGAAUCAUGAAAGAUUGACGCUUACAGAUGUGGCUCCUCAAAGGCCUACGAGUGGGUCUUUGUUUCUUUUCAAUAGAAGGGUUCUUAAAUUCUUCCGUAAAGAUGGUCAUCAAUGGCGGAAAAAAAGGGAUGGUAGAGCUAUUGCUGAAGCACACGAACGUCUUAAGGUGGGUAAUGCUGAGGCCUUGACUUGUUAUUAUGCGCAUGGAGAGCAUGAUCCCACUUUCCGGAGACGUAUCUACUGGAUGUUAGAUCCGGAAUACGAGCAUAUUGUCCUUGUUCAUUACAGGGAUGUAAGCGACAGAGAAGAGGGAUAUCAAACUAGUGGACAAGUUUAUCAGUUUGCACCAGUUCCUGCAACUCAGAAUGCGAGCUAUAAUCACUACAUUGGUGAUUCUACUGACAUAAAUCAGCAUUCAUCUACUUCACCUGGCACUGCAGAGGUUAUCUCUGACUUGGAAGGCAGUGCAAGUUCUUCUGAGUUAGGUCAGGCUUUAAAGAAGCUUAAAGAACAACUGAGUAUCGGAGAUGACCACGUUGAUUCUUUAGUUCAACCCUACAUUCAGCCGGAAAGUCUCGACAGUCUCCAGUUUUUAGAGUGUAGUAAUGAUAUAGAUCACUUUGCUCAACCACCAACAACUGUAUAUCAGAGACCAGAGAAUAACAGACUAGAGAGAUGUUAUGGAGGCAAUUUUGGAGCUCAAUACCAUGCCAAGAAUGAUUCUAACAGACUAGAGAGAUGCUAUGGAGGGUAUGUUGGAGCCCAAUACCAUUCUAGCAAUCUCAUGCUCGUAAAGAAUGAUUCAGGUGGUACAGGAGGGAGUGGAGAUCAAGGGUCUGAAUCUUGGAAAGAGGUGUUGGAGGCAUGUGCUCUUAACUCUGAGCAGGAAAGCACACCAAGUUCUGCAAAAGGAUUGCUAGCUGGAUUGCAGGAAGAUUCCAACUGGAGUUACAGCAAUCAGGUUGACCAAUCUACAUUGUUGUUUCCUCAAGAUCUUGGUUCUUUCAAAGUUCCUGCUUCUUAUUCUGCACUGGUAGCUCCAGAGACUAAUGGUGAGUACAGUAGAAUGAUGGAUGAUGGGGAACUCGGGCUGCCUUUAGAGCAAGAAAUAAGACUGACAGGUGCAUAUAACCAAAAGUUUACUAUUCAGGACAUAUCACCAGAGUGGGGUUACGCUAAUGAAACAACAAAGGUGAUAAUCAUUGGAUCAUUUCCCUGUAGUCCAGCAGAACCUAUGUGGUGUUGCAUGUUUGGGAGUGCUGAAGUUCCUUGUGAGAUCAUUAAAGAAGGUGUUAUUCGGUGUGAAGCCCCUCCUGCAUGUGGUCCUGGAAAAGUAAAUUUAUGCAUUACCUCUGGAGAUGGACUCUCAUGUAGUGAGAUAAGGGAAUUUGAGUAUCGCGGUAAGCCCGACACAUGUUGCCUUAAGUGCAGUAGGCCACAGAGCUCUGACAUGUCCACAAGUCCAGAUGAGCUUAUAAUACUUGCAAGGUUUGUGCAAACACUUCUAUCAGACCGAUCAUCAGAAGGAGAGAGUAACUCAGAGUUGGGAAAUGAUAAGCUGUUGAAGAAACUGAAAGCUGAUGAUGAUCAAUGGACACAUGUCAUAGCAGAGGUCCUAAAUGGCAGUUCAUCAUCAACAAAAACAGUUGAUUGGCUUCUACAGGAACUGUUUAAAGACAAGCUGGAUGUGUGGCUGUCUUCAAGAUUCCAAGAUAGAGGUUUCUUGUCAAAGAAAGAACAAGGCAUUAUCCAUAUGAUAGCAGGCCUUGGCUUCGAGUGGGCACUCUAUCCAAUCCUUGAUCAUGGUGUCAGUGUUGAUUUUCGUGAUAUUAACGGAUGGAGCGCUCUUCAUUGGGCUGCGCGAUUUGGGAGUGAAAAAAUGGUGGCUGCCCUUAUAGCUUCAGGGGCAUCGGCUGGAGCAGUGACUGAUCCCACUCAACAAGAUCCGAAUGGCAAAACUGCGGCUUCAAUAGCUUCCUCUUAUGGCCACAAGGGUAUUGCAGGUUAUCUAUCAGAGGUGGCAUUAACAAACCAUCUCUCAUCACUCACACUUGAAGAAACCGAGAUUUCUAAAGAUUCUGCUCAAGUGCAAGCAGAGAUAACUGUGAAUUCAAUCUCAGAACCAGGUCCUUCUGGUAGUGAGGAUCAACUCUCAAUGGAGAAAACGCUGGCUGCAGUACGAAAUGCAGCUCAAGCAGCUACAAGAAUUCAGGCAGCUUUUCGCGCACAUUCAUUCAGAAAGCGAAAGCAGAGAGAAGCAGCUAUGGCUGCUUGCUUACAAGAGUACGGAAUCUAUUGUGAAGAUAUUGAAGGGAUCGCAGCCAUGUCAAAGCGUACUUUUGGAAAGGUCAAGAACUACCAUUCAGCAGCUCUAUCUAUUCAGAAAAAGUAUCGUGGCUAUAAAGGUCGAAAAGAGUUUCUGGAGCUUCGGCAGAAAGUUGUAAAGAUUCAGGCUCAUGUGCGAGGUUACCAAACAAGGAAGCAUUACAGAGUUAUCUGCUGGGCAGUAGGAGUAUUAGAUAAGGUUGUACUCAGAUGGAGAAGAAAAGGAGUUGGGCUAAGAGGGUUCAGGCCAGACGUAGAAACUACAGAGGACAGCGAAGAUGAAGACAUUCUCAAGGUGUUCCGUAAGCAGAAAGUAGAUGGAGCAGUGAACGAGGCUUUCUCUCGUGUUCUAUCGAUGGCCAAUUCUCCAGAGGCUCGCCAGCAAUACCACCGUGUGCUCAAGAGAUAUUGUCAGACAAAGGCUGAGCUUGGAAAAACAGAGACAUUACUUGGAGAUGAUGAUGAUGGGUUGUUUGACAUAGCUGAUAUGGAAUUUGACUCUUUGUUUACACUGCCUUGAGGGAAAAGAUAGGCAAGAAGAGCUGUGUGGGGUUUUAGAGGUUUAUUAUAAGUAUGUAGAUUUGUGAAGUUUCAAGAGUGAAUAGCUUAGAUUUGUAGAGUUGCAAAGAAAAAAAGAGAAGGAAGAGUCCUUGUUAGUAGUGUCUGUAAAGUGUCUUAUUGGGGCUAACUCAAAAGCUUGAAUGCUUGGGAUGUGGUUGAAAAACAAAACAAUGUAAAUACUAAAUUUGUGAUCGCAUUUUUUUAUGUAUCUACUGCACCUCCAUAGCAAAUGAAAAAAUAUGGGAUGAGUUUGGUUUU